CCUCCACGUUGGCUCUCAGUGUGCAUGUCACAUAGGAGAGCAGGCCCCGGACACGCACACCUCCAUUAGUCUGACAGAAAUGGAACACAUCAUCAUCAUCAAAAUCACAAAUUUUGACAAAUACAUCUCAAUUAUAUGAGAUGUUUUUAAAACUGUAUAUAGUAUGCACUUUAUAUUUUUUUCCCACACAUCUUUAACUCAUAAUUCUCGGGAUGCAUCCUUAACUUGUUAUAAAUUAUCAAGAAGCCAAACUGAGCUGGACGGUAACCUCCCCGCCAUCAUAUUUUGAUCAUUUGGAAACAGAGUGACAAUAAAUAGAAAUAAAUGAAGCUAAUAAUGGGUCUAGCUAUACUCUAAAAAGUAAUUUAAGGGACUGAUUUCCAGCUCUUGAAUGAAUGCAUGCUUCAAAAUUACAAAUGUAAUUUACUGAUCAAGAUAAACCUUUAAAGGUACAAAUGACAAUGCUGGUAAUUGCAUCAACUUAAUAUUGUGUGUAAUUUAAGCUCAAAUUUCCGCGUUGAUUGAAAACUAUCAUUCAAGUUGAUGUCACUUAAUGAAAUUGGCUUCAAAAUUUCAAAUCCUCUCCUCUAAACUAACAUGCCUGGAAGAUUUCAGAUAAUUGACUCUAACUCAGUGUAGUUUGUUGGUUGAACAUAAUUUAAUGAGAAGUUGUUUUAACUCAAAAAUAUUGAUGCAAACUAUUGGGUUAACUUUUUGUGUUGAGGCUAAGCAUUAUUUUUUAAAGCACAGUUUUACUAACAGUUAUUCUUCUUAACAUUUGUAGUGAUAAUAAGAAUAAAUGGUUGCAGAUAGGUCCCUCAGUAGUAUGUAAAUGCUUGAACACUGACAAAAAGUGAAUUGUUGGGUCAACCAAAGAUAAAACAAAAGGCUUCUUCCUAUGACUUUAUUGCAACACACCACUUAUCCUGUCAGUUAUUGAUGUUGCUGUGAAAGAACAGGCAGUCUGGUUAAAGAAUCAAAACUUUCUUGGGCAUUUUCCCAACUUUAAGGCAUUCUUUUUCCAUCAUGACACUGCAUCCCUCAUCUUUCCUCAGGCGUGUUUCCUGACAUGUUGUGGCCAACAGGUGUGGUGCUUUGAGUCCUACACCAGUAAAGCCACUAGGUGUCUCUCAAAGCCAAAAAUUAGAGGCAUGAACCUCAGUGCCUUAUAUUUAGAUGUUGCAAAAGUUUUGACAAAUCAUUUUACAUGGACCUCAAGGGCAGAUAAUACACGUGUUUAAAAGAAUCUGAGAAAAGAUACAGAAAAAAUCAGAAAAAAAAUAUGUUCAGCAAAGAUAUUUAUAUUCUAAUUCACAAAUUAUGUUCAAAUAGGCAUCGCGUUCGUUACUUCUUUGCUUUGCUGGAGAUUUCCUUUGCAUAACAGCCAUUAUUAGAUUCAGGUAUUAGUCAGCUCCCCUGCCCCGGGGUAGACCCUGAAGGUUUCAGUUCCCCUAAAAAAAUGCAGGCAGCGUUAUUGUUAUGUUCGAAGUGGAGUGGAGGGGCUUUCCUCUGUGCUUUCUCUACCUGACUUAAUUUUUCCUACUUGGUGAGAUCACAGACACUUCUGGUUUGUGAAGUAAUUUAGAACAACGUGACAGCCAGGUGAUGAUCCAGUGCAAGGGGUGUGAUGGAAAAACUCACUUUUAGGCACACUUCCCUUUUUAAACCACUUAUCGACUUAAUUAUAAAGCUAUCUCUGCACUCUGCACAGGAAGUGUCUGGUACCUUGUUCUGAAAGUCUCUGAGCUUUAUAAAAGGGGUUUACAGUCCAUCAGAGGGCUAAUAUAGAUUACAGUACUGGUCAGACACCUGGAAUAUUCCUCACAGAGUCUGAGGAAUUGUCGCUUUUGAGAGAGCAGAAGAGAGUCUGGAAGCAACAGAAACUACAUAUGUUCUGACAGCCAUACUCCCCAAAACCCUCCUCGUGUUUGUUAUUUCACGUCUGUAUUCUUUUUAGCAGAUGUCCAUGUGGCUGUGAAAUGAUUCAGGAGCAGAUGACGGUAAAGAGUAACAAGGAGAAUGUGACCUGGAUCAGAAAGACAUUCAUAGUCCAGUGAAAGUGUCCAAGUGCCAAGCGAGAAGUAUGGAUAACUUUGCAGUAUCUUUGUUUUAUCACACUCCUACAGGUGAUACUGUAAAGAAGGUAUAUUAUUUAGUUGACAUUUUUAGUGAUAUCCAGUCAUUUUUUAUUAAUAAGUGAUUGUUUCCAUAAUAAAUAUACAUGGAAUUUGUAAAGACAUGAUCAUAAUGAACAUUAGAAAACUCAUUUUUUUAUUUGUAAUAAAAAUGUAUGCAACAUAUAUUCCAUGGACUUCAAAAGUCCCUCAAUUAUAUAUUGACCCAGCCAUACUGUAACUAAAACCCAUUUGCUCAGUGGAUACCAAGGCUUCACUCACGGCAGUUAUAUGCCUGAGAUUGUGUAAUUUCAUCACCAGCACUUCUGUUACACACUACUCAAUGCAGUCAGUUCUAAGAUUCAGUUAUUGCAUUUAAUUAGUUUUUAAAAUGUAGCUGUUGCCAGUAUAGUAAUAUUAUACUUUCUGUUACGUUCACAUUGUUAUGUACGUGGAAGUAAAAGACGCAUUGUGAUUCUUCAAAGUGUGUGAUAGAAUAAUCUUAUUUUGAUGGUGCUUUCUUAGUGCUUUUUUUGUUUUUGUAAAUGAUUCACAAAAGCCCUCUUUGACCAGACAAGCCACCAUGAGAUAGCCGGGCUCUGGUUUGUUGCUAGAAAGGGAUAUUAAAAAAUGUGCUCCUGAUAAAGAAAGCUGUGAUUCGGAUCCGUGGGAAGUCACAGAUCUGAUUUGUGUUAUCUUUCCUGAGUAGAUCCAAGAGAACGCAGCAGGCCAAGCAGAGGAACAGGGAACAUCAUCCAGUCCAGUCCAGUGCAACACCCAUGAUGUUUGUAUCACAAAAGUGCUAAAUUAAAAUGCUGAGAACAUUUUUGCAACAUCUGUUCAAAACUUAUGUUCAUUUGUGCCAUCCUUCAGUUUUAAGUGAUACAACACCUGCUAAACACCCACAUUGUAAACUUAGAAACUGUUAAGACUAUGUGUCAGAAGAAGAUGAGUUUCUUUAAUUGGAUUGCUCACCUUUCCAUCUGUGUUACAGCAGUUCUGUCACCUCUGUCUCCCCUGAGUAUUUAUCAUGAUGUCAUUCAGAUACAGUUGAAUGUUUCUCAGACUUUUCAACCUUUUCAUGGCAGAAGCAGGACAAAUGGAUCGGACCAACUUUGACAAGUAGUAAUGGCCAGAUAACUGGGUCCAAAACAGCUGGUGUUAUGGGAUGUUUCUAGUAUACAGUGGUUAGUUCCCAUCACAAAUGGUCCAAGGAUUACAACCAUUGAUACACAGGGUUUAUUGAUGAAUGUGGGGACCCGAGGCUGCCCCGUGUGGUUCAAUCCCACAGAAGAGCUGCUGCAGCACAAACUGCUAAAAAUCUUAGUGAUGGCCUUGAUAGAAAGGUGUCAGAACACACAGAGUCUAUUGCAGCUUUCAGCAUACAGGACGUUUAGCUGCAGAUCAGUCAGAGUCCAUGAUUCCCCUUAUCCACAUCUGAAAGCACCUACAAUGGAGACCUGAUGGUCAGAACUGGAUCACUUAGCAAUGAAAGAAGGUGGCCUGCUCUCAUGAAUCAUGUUUUCUUUUGCUGCAUGUGCUGCAUGUGCUUCAAGAUGACAGCAGGAUGUACUAUGAGAUGCACUAAGAAAUUAAGGUAGCAGAAGCAGUGUGAUGUUUUCUGUAAUCUUCUGUUGGGAAAUAUUGGAUCCUGUAUGCAUGUGAAUGUUACUUUGACACAUACUUACACAUUGCUGCAGACCACAUACACCUCUUCAAGGCAGCAAUGCUCUCUGAUGGCCUCUUUCAGCAGGAUCAUGUGUCCUGCUGCACUGCAAACAUUCAGGAAUGUUUUGAGGAAGAAGACAAAGAGAUCAAGAUGUUGAUUAGACCUCCAAAUUUCCCAGAUCUCAGUCUGAUUGAGCAUCUGUGUGAAAUUCCAGAGCUCAGAGGAUCUACUAUUAAUGUCUUAGUGCCUGGUGCCACGAGACACCUUUAGAGGUCUUGUUGUGUCCAGGCCUUGACGGGUCAGAGAUUUUGGCAGCACGAGCGAGGAGGACCGACACAGUAUCAGGCAGAUGGCUUUAAUCUUGUGGCUGAUCAGUGUUACCAUCGGAAAUUAAAUCUUUAUUACUCAGCCAAGGAGAUGGAGUCUCGGCAGAGUUAUGUACGAUCAGCGUUGGUUUGUCUGUCUGUUAGCAACAUUACUCAGCAACGGACUAACAGAUUUGCAUGACAUUUUCAAGGAAGGUCAGAAAUGACACAAGGACCAAGUGAUCAGAUUUUGGCAGGGAUGCGGCUUAUAGUUUGGAUCCACGGAUUUGUUAAAGAUUUCUGUAUCAUUGUGAGAUAGUGGCGCAGUGUCACUGUAACUAUGACGACAAGUGAACACUUGUACUGCUGAAACUAUGUCAGCUGCCUGCUGACGAUCACAUGAUUGUGAUCCUACUGCAAAUCCAAAACUGCGGACUUAUCGGGACUCAUCCGUUGGAAAUGAUACAAGGAACAACUGAUCAAAUUGUGGGGGUGUUUCGAAGUCCCAUCAAUUUCUGCCACUCGCUACAUAUUUAAGUUACAUGAUUCAGUAUCCGUACAUAGCGUACACAUGCAUAACGCACACCUGUGCUCAGUGCAAGAUCAUUUUGUUUGUAGGUACAUCUAUAUUAAAUGGACACAUUCUACAGUGCCGUGAUUUCUUCCACAAUUUUUUUUCAAGAUUUUUAGCCACUAAAAAUGAUGCAACGACUGAGCAGCCUUGGUGGAGUACCGUGCUCUGUGAGUGCUUUCCUUGUUUAGUUUUGUGCUAAGUUAAGAGUGGAGAUAAAGUGUUCCUGCUGUGAUAAUAUGUCAAACAAGGUCAAGCAGGUUAGCAAGUGAUGCAGAACAGAACUGGAAGGACGAGUGUCCUCAUCAUCAACAGAUUCACAUUCCCUAAACCUCCAGGUGUUCCUUUUCUCUCUUCAUGGUCUUCUCUCCUGGUUUGCUGUCUGAGUCAAGGACCAGCAAGAAGUUAAUUGGGCCUGCUUUCUGAAACUUGCUAAAUGCAAUCUGCAACUUGCAGCAUGAGAUGAUCUUCUCUUGUGUUCAUUGAGACACUUCUGACUCAACAGACAAAAACAGACUGGUGAGCCUUCAAGAACACAGAAGAAGACCGUAUAGCUCAUAUACAUGUCGGUAAUUUGUGGAUGACAACCAUUUGUUCAGCUGAAUGUUGGCACCAUUUGUGGUCUGCAUGUAAGCUUUGCUCUUAAAUCACUUCAGUGAAACAAACCCCAGGAGCUCAGAGGGACACAGUCUGGAUCAGUGCCACCUUCAUUAGCUUCAUGGUCACAUCAGUGACCAUCCAGAUGUCUUCGCCAGGGUCACCCUCCAUCUGCCUGCUACCUCCUCAUGUCUCACUGCUUUUCCUACAGUGUCAUGUUUAGGUUUUAAGCUCUGCUGUUUCCUGUCUCACAGUCAGUUCCCUGUAUUCUGAGAUGAUGAUUUGAAUGUCUAAGCAAGUCUGAUUUCUCAGUUAAUGAAAACUUUUUCUUCUAAAUAAUUGCACCGUUUGUUGUCACUUUGGGAUAAAACUAAAAACAUCAACUCCGUGCUGCUGAGGCAUUACAGUGGGAAACAAUACAACAUAGUUAAACUAUAGACCAAAAAUGUGUGGGCAGAAGCUGCAGCUGAUGAGGCCUAAAUGACCGUGUGAUGAAUUUUAGCAGAGCUGUGUGGUUCAGUCUGUUGGAUGGAUCGCUGCAAAAGUUUAAACACACAUUCAUGUUCCCCUCAAGAUGAACUAUAAUCACUGUUGUGACUCAUUAACCAUCAUCAGGUCAAAAUUCCAGUUUGUCUGCAACUACUGACAUUCCUCUCAGUCUCAAAGGCAUGGACGCAGGCUUCAUUUGAAUACUGAGGGUUCUCCUCCAGGAAAUAUUGAGCAACAAACACUUAAUUUUGUGCAUUCUGGAGAACCAGAUGACAAUUCAGAAUGUAAAUUCGGGAUCUGAUAAAAAAACAUUUUCAAUAGUUUCAAUUGCUGGAUAAGUUCCGAAUUCCAUAUUUCCACUUGUAGCAUCUGAUUGCUUAUGCUGUCGGAUUCACCUUUAAUAUUUGAACUUAGAAGCUCUGCAGAUGUUUCCGCCCACACCUGCUCUCUGGGUGUGGGUGUAAACAUCUGUUGAACUUCUACCUGAAGUUCAGUGAUCAGGAAAUUUACACUCAUUUAAAUCCCACAUAAAGUAAAGCAGAGCUCAUGUGCAGCUGCAGGUGUACAUGUACAUAGGUAAAAAUAACAGACAGAAGGACAAAAGAAGCAUUGUUCUGAUGGCUGAUCUAACAGGUGGUGAGGCAGGUACAAGUAUGAAGAAAUAAAGAUCUAGGAGAUGUUGCUUGAUAUUAUAUAGUACAGACAACCACAGCAAAAACCAAGGGAAUCUACCUUCUGCUGAAAAGAUGGUAGUAGUUUAUUUAUUUAUUUAUUUGGUAGGGAUAGUGCACAUUAAUGAACGCCUAUUUAUACAGCAAUAGAUGUAAAUAUGUCGGAUUAUAGCAACAGUGCUAAUUUACAUCUUCAGUCCCUAGGCAAAAAGAAAAAAAGUCAUAACGGUGAUACAUAGGACAAUAAGUCACAAUAAACGCACAUUGCAAAAAGUACACAAAGAAAACAUAACAGUGAAACAUACAUUAAAACGUAGGUCACUAGGUCCCAAUAAAAGGUCACUAAGUCACAAUAAAAGGACACUACAAAGUGUGUUCUCUGAGCACAGGCAAACAAACGGCUCAGCCUGUAGCAACUGUAGGUCCUCAUCAGAGUUGGACAAACACAUAAUCAAUGUGAAUUACAUUGAUCAUGUAUAACAUUAUGACCACCUGCCUAAUAUUGUGUUGGUCUCCUUUAUGCUGCUAAAACUCCUUUGACCCAGUGGGGCAUGGACACAGGACCUCUGGGGAUGUCCUCUGGCACUAGUGAAUUCUGUGGGUCCUGUGGGUUCCAGGGUGGAACCUACCUAGAUCAGGCUUAUCCUGGUACAUCCCCAGACGCUCAAUAAGAUUUGGAUCUGAGGAGUGUGGAAGCCGGAUGAACAGCUUAGCUCUGUCAUGUUCCCCAGGCCACUCCUGAGCAGUUUUUGUGGUGUGUCAGGGGGCAUUGUCCUGCUGAGGGUGGAAACUGGCAUCAAGAGCUGCUGUUGACAUGGGGAGGUUGCUUGACCUGCAGUAUUUAGGUGGGUGGUACAUGUCAAACAUCCACAUGAAUGUCAGGACUCAAGGUUUCCCAGCAGAACGUUGCUUUAGAACAAGAUGAUCGAUCACUUCACCUGUCAGUGGUCAUAAUGUUGUGGCUGAUCGUGUACACCAGCUGUAGGUGGCACUCCAUGUAACAUACACUGAUCAACCACAGCAUUAACCCUCCUGUUGUCUUCAUUUAUGGGCAGUAAAAAAUAUUGUUUCCUUGUCUGAAAAAAAUCCAAAAAUUCAGCAAAAAAAUUCCACAAAUUUCAGAAAAUUUGCAAAACCUUCAGGAAGAAAAUUCCAAUAAUUCCUUAAAAGUUUACCGCCCCCCACGGCAGCGGCUUCCCCCAGUAGGAUAAGGCGUCCUGCCAAAGCUGCUCAGGAAAGGCUAAAAGAACACGACAAAUAGCUCAAGGCACUGACUACCAUCAAGCUUUUGAACGAUGUGCUGGAUUAAGCCAGAUCCACGUAGACCCCCACAGACCCCAGGAACAAAAGAAUCUGCUGCCAACAAUCCAGUGUGAGACCCUACAAGAAACCACCAGAGAUCUGCUUUAGUGGCACAAGGGGGGACCUACACAAUAAUAAGUAGGUGUUUUAAUGUGGCUGUUAAUGCAGUGUGGGUGGCCUGGUGUAACCCAUAGAGGUCAUUAGGACAAAAGCAUGGACCCCAUACAUAUGAAUAAAUAAAUAAAACUAAAUAGAAUUAUGAAUCCAAAUUAAGGCACAAUACAGCAAUGGAUUUCCACUGAGUCUGGAUUCCUGAAAAAUAGCUCUGUAUUAAAUAGGACAACUGCUAUACUGAACCAGUCCAUAAUUAGCUAAUCUCAUAGUGUUGUAACCCUUCCAGCGGAAUUCGCUGGAUUUUGGUUGAUUUUUUGCGAAUGUUCUUAAGAAAUUUUUUUUUAACAUUUUAUUUUUCCAUCAAAAAAUGUUCAAAAAUUUCUCAAAAAUGUUGAAAAUGUGGACAUCAGAAGUUUCAUUGUGGAAAUAUUUUUUUCCCAAAUUUUCAAACUUUCAAACGGGUCAAUUUCGACCCGCAGGACGACACGAGGGUUAACUGGUGUUUGAACAGAAUUCGAUAGAAAUGAAUAAAAUGAACAAGACAGACCCUGUAAGAACCAACUUGUAUUGACCUCGGAGCUACCUGAUAAUUUGCCCCCUCCCACCUGAGGGUCAGCUGAUCUCUCUGACUGCUGUGAAUCUGUUGGGAUUAUCCUCUGAUCAACAUACUGACUGCACACGACACGCACACCCACCGAUGGCUGCAACCUGCAGACACCAGGACAGCAACAGUGCACAAAAACAGCCCCACACAUCAUAGACCGUCUAUCUGCCUUCCAUGGCGUCGCUGGACGAGGAGAUGACCUGCUCUGUGUGCAGAGACAGCUUCAGCCACGCCCAUCCUCUGCCCUGCGGACACAGCUUCUGUCCCGCCUGCAUCCGCGAGGCCUGGAGCGGCCAGGAGGAAGGAAAAGGUCGCUUCACCUGCCCCCAGUGUCAGGAGGAGCGAGGGGAGGUUCUCUGUGACUGCUGCCCUCCUGAGGCAGAGGAGCCAGCGUUGGCGGUGAAAACCUGCCUGAGGUGUGAGGUGUCUCUGUGCGCCCAACACCUCCAGCCUCAUCUGGAGAGACCGGCGUUCAGCACCCACCUGUUGGUGGAUCCUCUGGGGGACAUUUCCCAAAGAAGAUGCCCGACGCACGCAGAAAUAUUCCGCUACUACUGUGCCGACGAGAGAGCCUACAUCUGUGGAGACUGUCUGCUGGAGGGAAGCCACGCUCAGCACAAAGUGAAGGCUCUGAGACACGUGGAGGAGGAUCUGAAGGUUAUUCUUCAGACGCUGCUCAUCAAAGCAGAGGAGAAGCUGAAAGACGGAGAGCAAAUUCUCAAAGACUAUGAGAAUGUUGAUUCCACCAUGGCUGACUCUCUGAAGCAGGACGACGCUCAGGUGGAGCGACUGGGUUCAGACCUGCAGGUCCAUGUGAAGAGGCUGGUGACGGCUCUGAGGGAAGUCACCAAGAAGGAGAGGCAGCAGGUCAUAGAGCGAGUCCACGAAGACUGCUGCAAAGUGAAGGACGACAUGAGCCAGACGCUGAGCAUCCAACACUACCUGUCCUCUCUGCUGGCAGAGACGGACCCCUUCCUGCUCAUCUGGGCCUUUCAAUCAGAGGACACAAAGUUAUUAGCGAACCUGAAUGGUCCAGUUUUCACUCCUGAUCCCAUCAGUCUGGACAGAAAACACAUCCUGGAGGACAUCGAGAACAACUAUCGAGAGUUCAUCAACGCCACCCUGCGCUGCCUCAGUGAACUCAAGAGGGAGCUCUGUGAGUGGCACAUAUUCGCUAUAGUAAGCAGUCCUUUGACUCUGGACACAAACACAGCUCAUCCGCUACUGAGCAUCUCUGAUGACCUGCGUUCAGUUACACGAGUUAAAAGCCGGCUGCCCUGCGCUGCUCAUCCUGAACGCUUCGACCACUGGCCUCAGGUCCUCACCGUCCAGACCUUCUCCUCUGGGACUCAUUACUGGGAGCUGGAGACUGAGGGAUUCUGGGACGUCGGCAUCUGCUAUCGAAGUAUUGGACGGAAGGGGAAAGAGGGCAACGCCUUUGGUAACAACAAGGUGUCGUGGAGCUUGACUCAGCAACACGACAAAAAACUGGCAGCCUGGCACAACCGCAGGAAAACCCGCCUCACGUACCAAAUGACCGGCAACCGACUCGCCGUAGCGGUGGACUACAGCGCAGGAACCAUCACCUUCUCUGAGGUUGGACCUUCUAACAACCUGAUCCACCUCCACACCUUCUCCACGACCUUCACCCAGCCGCUCUGCUUGGGCUUCGGACUCUACAAAGCUGAGCUCAACAGUCGCGUCUCUAUUAUCAAAGUCUGAGGUGAUGGAAAGGACGACCAAGACGAUAACUGUGCUGGCCACUGUGCUGAACUGACUUAGACAAUUCCAUGCCAAGAUGAAAUGGUGUUUGGUUGGAAUCUUUGCCAUGAGCUUCUCUACUGUUUCCUUCCUGGGUGGAGCUUGACUUCUUCGUCAAAAAAGAAACAAAACUGUGAUCAGGGGGAAAUUAUUUGGAACAUUUGAUGCAUGUACAUGGAACAGCAGAUGAAGAAGCUGUUUUCAAAGUUAAGUGGAAUGAGUUUGUCUUGUGUUUUUAUUCCAUAGCGAUUAGAAGUGCAGGUGACUGGUGAUACAGUCAUUUACACAAAUGUUGUAAAUAUAUGCCAGAAAUAAUUGUUGAGACAAACGUGGACAGCAGCUCAUCCAAUCCUUUGUUAAGCAUCUCUGACAGUCUACCUCAGUUACAUUUUGUGAAUACCUACAGUAUACAACAAAAGUGAGUACACCCCUGUGCAAUAUCACGUAAAUGUCAAAACUGCAUCACCUCUCAAAAACUGGAUUAUGUCCAAGAUGAGCAGUGGAGUGUUUCUUUUUAUAAACAGUCUAAGUGCAUGAACAUGGUUGUAAAAUGACCUUUGAACACCAGAAUUUUCUCAGUUUUGGACUUCGGUGAUGUCCAUCUGCAUGUCUACAUCAUGGCUUCACAUGAAAAAAACUCAUAAUGAGGCUUCACAUGGGAAACGAUAGAAAUAGAUUGAUGACCAACGAAAACAAUCAGUCAAAACACAUUUACAGCUGUGAUCAGGAAGUGAAAAUGGGCCGUAGUGCUAAUCAAAGCCACAAGGACAACCUUCUAAAAUGACGCUCCAAAUUUGGUACAGGGGUUAUCAAUGAAAAUCAGAGUUUCUGUGACAGUUAAGGACAUUGCAGAACAGCAAGCUUUAUGGACAGCAGCAAAGACAAAAUCCCGUGCUUGCUGCUCAAAACAAAAAUGCAACCUUAACUUUUUCUAAAGGACACAAAUAGAAGAAUGGAUACUGGGAGCACAUUUCUUUGGUCAAAUGGUGUUUACAAUAAAUGUAUUUGGCUCAGAUGGGGUCCAGCAUGUUUGGCCUGAACCUGGCCUCAACUACCACAGUAAAUGCAGAGUCCCAACAGUGAGGCAGGCAGAGGAAUUGUCCGACAUGAUAACGAUACUAAGCACACUGCCAAAACCACAUCAAUCAAUCAGUCAGUCGCCAUGUCAUUCAGCGUAGGCCAUCAUUUCUCUCCAUCUAAUCCAGUCUUUUGCUUUCUGAAUUGUGGCUGUUACCCUUUCCAUGUGUAGCCAUGGUGGCAGUCCAGCUAUCAUCAUCAUUCUCUGUCUGCUUCGUCUUCUCCAAAACCACAUAAUAGUUCACAAAAAAGAAAAAACUGACAAGUCUGAGUGGGUCAAGUAAUGUUAUCACUGUAUGUUGACACAAUUUGGAAUCAUUUGCCAUUUAAGUGAUAUUUCACAUGUUGUACGCUGCAGCAUUAUCUGUGUAGACAUUAAAUGUCCCUUCAUGAGGGUUAUAUUUGUGUUGAUAUGCUCAAAUCAGAAUCAGAAAGAUUUUACUGCCAAGUAGGUUUUCACAUGCAAGGAAUUUGACCUGGCAAUUUAGUGCAUAACAGUAAACAGUAACAUAUAGAUAGAAAACAAAACUGUUGCCAGUCAGUAGGCAGUAAGUGUUAAAAGACAAAUAAGAAGCAAGUGUUACAAGUCAAAUUAGCACAAUAUCAUUAUAGAUCAACCGGUGCUUAUAGCCUGUUAAUCCAAAUAUCAGCUGCAAUGUCUUAUAAUAGGAGCUACCUGGCUAUAAAAAGGACUGAAGGUGUAGAUAUUCUCACAUGAAGGUGAACAAGCAGCAAGAAGGAGCAUUUGAUCCUGUAACUCGAAUCACUCUUUAACUGGAAAUGACAGAAAAAGGGGAAACAGCUCAUUCUACGAGCAUACCUUAGAGCUGCUCAGAUACCCGGUUCUUUUUCCUUAUUUUACUGUAAAGGUGAGUGGGCGGAUGUAACAUAGAGGGUGAGGAAGAAGCAGACGGAAAAGGGAGGGGGGUGGCUGAGAAAGAGAGAAAGAAAAGACACUGGGAGAGAUCAGAGCGCGCUUGGACUCGGUUGCGAUCAGCACGACUGUCGAGCUCUGAGAUAAUGUGAUAGAAGAGAAAAAGUGGGAUUACUUCUGGGAGGAACCAGUUUUCCACUUGAUAUGGAAUACAAGACUGUUCAGAUGGAAACAGCUAUAGCUCAGCAUCCUUCUUAGUUUUUGCUGAAGAAAUCAACUUGGAAAUACCAAGAGGCUUUUUUUUUGCUUUUUGGUGAUUGUCAUUCUGGACCCUCUUGACUCGGCACGUAGGACGCUGAAGACAUUUGGGAUCCGUGGGGUCAAAGAAGAAAA